AUGAGUGACUUCAAAUCAACCGCUAUCUUCAAGCAGAUUCAGGAAGGCCUUGCCGGUUUCCCAGAAAACGAAAGGAAGAAUCUUCAGAAGAAAACCAACGCUGUCUUUGAGUUUCACGUGAAGAACGCUGGCGGCAAGGAACUUGUCCAGACUAUCGACCUGAAAAAGGAUGCCACUGUCUACGAGGGACCUGCUAAAGGCAAGGCUGACUGCAUUAUCAACCUGGGUGAUGACACAUUCGCCGACCUGGCUGACGGCAAGCUCAACGGCCAGAAGGCUUUCAUGUCGGGUAAGCUCAAGGUGAAGGGCAACAUUAUGCUUGCUACUAAGCUUGACGCUGUGCUCAAGGCGCAGAAGUCUAAAGCAUAA